CUUGCAGGUCUAGUAGUGCGAGUAUCGUGAAUAAAAAAAUACUAAUACCAUUUACACAUCAACUGCAGAAAUGGCGGGAGAAGAAGGCGAAUCAAGAGUAUCCGAGGAGGGUUUUGAAAAUGAAUCCGCAGGCUCGACGACUACAAUAUUUUACAAUUCCGAAGACUACGUGUCCAAGCCAAAACGUUCUGAUGGUGGAACCGUAGCUUACAACAUUUUGGAAUUUCACCAUUCGUUUGGUUAUGAUUGUCGAAAGCGUUUCAAUCUCUGCGUCGCGGAUCCUGAAACCUUGAUAUUUGCCUCCGGCAAUUUAAUACACUUUUUGAAUUUAUCAGAGAAUAAAAUAAGUUUCAGAAGAUGUUCCACUGGCGGCGGUAUUGGGCAUAUCACAAAAAAUCCAACGUUCAAUCACAUCGCAAUCGGCGAAAACGGAGUAAAUCCGCCGAUUAUUAUUUACGAGUGGCCCAGUAUGGAAAUCGUAACGGUUUUGCGCCAAGGAACUACGCGAUCUUACUCUCAUUUGCGGUACAGUCCCGAUGGUUUGCAAUUGGUAUCACAAGGCGGCGAUCCAGAUUACCUAAUUACCGUGUGGGAUUGGCAGCGGUCUAAGAUCGCUUUGCAGUGCAAGUCUCACGGUCAAGAUGUUUUCAACGUUGUCUUCUCUUCCACGAUGCCGGAACACAUGACCUCGUGCGGCUCCGGGCAUAUUAAAUCCUGGAAAAUGUCCAAGACAUUCACCGGUCUCAAAUUGCAGGGUGAACUCGGAAGAUUCGGGAAGACGGAAAUUUCGGAUAUAGUCGGCGUCUAUCCGAUGCCCGAUGAAAAGAUCAUUUCAGGAUGCGAGUGGGGCAACAUCUUGGUUUGGGACGAGGGUUUGAUAAAGAUCGAAGUGUGCAGGAAAAAGAACAGACCGUGCCAUUCAAGCUACAUAUCGCAAUUCGAAUACAUAAACGGGGAGCUCAUUUCCGUUGGUACCGAUGGCUUCAUUCACGUCUGGUAUUACGAGACGAUCGACCAGGCAGAGCCAUCGGAAGACACUCAUUUGGUGGAGGUCGAGCCAAUUUACGAAUUGAGUAUCGGUGCUCAAACAGACGGCAAAAGCUUAUCCAGAACAGCCAUGCUUAUGCAAAUUCAAAAGAAGGAUCCAAGCGAUCCCGAUAAUAGUCAUUGGUAUGCUCAGGACGGAAACGGCGGAAUAUGGUUGAUCGACUUAUCCACCCUGCAAACACCGAAACCAUCGCAGAGACUUCUGACUUGUCACGCCGGUUCGAUCGUGGACAUGGAUGUGGCCGAUUGGGGCCCUUACGUCGCAACCAUUGGUCAAGACGGCUGCGUGCACCUUUACGAUUAUCAGAAAAAAAAUUUAGUCUUAACUCAUCAAUUUCGCGACAACGGCUGCUGCAUUAUUUGGCUGCCUUGUUCGGUUGAACCAAGCGGUACCACAGUGGUUUGUGCUUUCGAAACAGGGGUGAUUCGAAUGAUUAGCAUAAAUUUGCAAAAUUUAAAUCAAAAAGUGAAAGACGGGAGGGUUAAGUUAACACAAGCUUUGAAGCCGCAUACUAUGAAAAUAACUCGCAUGUCGAUGAAUUCACUAAAUAGUUUACUGGUAACCGGAAGCGAGGACCUGACUCUUUUCGUGUUCCACAUUCAAGUUCAAGAAUCUUACCCUGAAUUAGUACCGAUCGGAUACGUAGAAGUACCUUCGUGCGUAACGUUUAUAACUUGGAAGCCAAAUUUCAUAAGUACAAUACUUGUUGGUUGCUCGAGAGGCGAGUGCGUACAAGUGGAUCUUCCGACAGAACCGCAGACUUACACUACGGUCUCUUAUAAAUUGUCCAAAUGUAAACCAAUGAUUUUUAAAUUUGAAUCCGUGAAAUCAAGCAUAAUAAGAGAAAAUGUGCGAUUGGAAAACGAAGCGAGGAGACAGCAAAAAAUUGCCGAAAAAAAGGAAGAGUUGAGGCAGAUGAAAGUAGCAAAUCCUGCAUUGGAAAUCGAUGAAAUUUUUUGCAUAGAAGCAGAUUUAGAAGAAGAUCAUCCACUACCUGAAAUUUAUGUGCCCGAAGUUCCAAAUAGCGUAUUGAUUGCAUUUUAUACUACCAAAGACACUAUCUUACUGUCGAUGUCUGGCUACGAUGCUGGAUACGUGUACGAAUAUACGAUCCCGGAGCCCGACAAAGAAGCUGCCUAUGUUAGAAGUAAUUUAGUUAUUGACUGCGAUGACGAGGAAAUAAGGAGUUUCUUAUUUUACAAUGAACGAAAAUACAUCAUUUUCGGUAUAGAAAAGGGUGAAAUUCGCGUAUGCAAAAUCAAUUCGCAUGACGAAUCAGAUUUUUCUGAUUACUGGACUCUAACUAUGCACGACAAUUUCAACGGUUGUAUACCGAGUAUGCGAUUGAGUUACGAUAAAAAAAUGUUGCUCACUUGCGGCCAUGAUGGAAAUAUUUUUUCUUUCAUCAUUAACGACGAGUCGUUCGAACCAGAAAAACAAACACUCGACGUGAAAUCGACUGCUCAAAUUCCUGCACUCGAUUUUGUCGAUAUCGAGGAUUUAGAUCAUCCGAGUUUAGAACAAGUAAUUAUCCAAGCUGAAAAUAACCGUAUAAUGGCUGAGGCGAAAAAUGAAAAGGAUAAAACCAUGGCUACUUUACGCGAAUUAACAGAAGAAUAUAAUUUUAUUCUGAAGAGAAAUAAUAGUUUACCAAUAUCUCAGAGACUAACCGACGAGGAAUUAGAGCUCGACCCGAGAAUAACAGCUGAUUUGAAGCAGCAACUACAGGCGGAAAUGGAUAUCGUGCAUAAAAAAUUAGCUUACAAUGCAGAAAAGUGCAAACUUAGGCUAAAAAAGCUUAUGGAUCACUUUAUCGAGCCAAUCACCUGCUUACCGUUUGCGGUCAAGAAAAUACUAAAACCCAAUGCGAUGGUUUAUUCCUUACGAGAGCUUAAAUUAACCGGUGAUUAUGCAAUUGAACGAGUCGACACUGCCAGAAAGUUUGAAGAUCUUUGUCAGGAUGAUAGAAUGAAACGCGCUGACGAUCAACAAAGUGUAUCAGUUAACGAAUCUUCAAGAAUUGGAAUGGACUUGAAUGACGAGAAUGCUGACGAGGGCCCCCCGAAACUCCACGGGAUGGAAAGUUUUUUAAAAGGCUUGAGUCCCCGAACCGUACAAUUUCAAUUGGGUGACGAGAUCAAUCAAAUGCUAAAAAAAUAUCGUGCUCUCAAAGCUAAAUUAGAAGAACAAGAAGAAGAGUGGAAAAUUUUGCAAUCGCAGAGACCGGAUCCUAAAGCUAUCAAUCCAGAGGACGAACGUGCUAUAGAACACGCUAAAGCCACUAUUGGAGAUUAUAAGCUAAAAGCGUCUUUGAAUUUAGACGAGAAUUUAGACAGACGCCCGACUGUUCGAAAGAAAUACAAACAAAUCAUUGACUGUCGGAGAAGGAUUCAUUUUCGUCGAGAAGACUUCAACGACAAACUGAGAAAUUUGAGAACGAAAAAAGUCGAAUUGCAAAAAGAAGUAGAACAGCUUAUAAAAAAAUUGAAAAAUAUUCACGCCGAAUUACCCGACAAGUGGAUACAACCCUUACCCGAUCCUCCGAUUUUCGAUUACGACAUCGAGUUUCCAGAAAAGAAUCUAGAGCUGGAAAGCUACACCUCAAUGGCAGAGCGCGUCAAAGAGAUGAAAAAGAAAAGGCAAUCUGUCAUGCUGGACUUACCCGUUGAAGAUUUCGAUGAGGAGUACGAGAUCCUACUAAUGGACGAGACGCGCUUUCAACCAGGAAAAUCUCUUAACGUCAUCGGGGACGAAAUGAGAAAGAAUAAAUUCCCGGAGGAGAUGCGAGCGAUUCGCGUCACUGUGUCCCCCGACGUUUUAGCUGCGCUCGAGCGAGCGGAAAAAGUCGACAGUAAACUAGAGCGAGAGAUGAAGCGCGUACGCGCCGCGAGAAAGACUCACGAGCAAGAGGAAAUACUACGCCACAUCCGUAAAAGUUACGAAGCCUUUGACGAGGAGCUUGACGAGCUCGAAAAGGAGAGGCUCGAAAUCGUUUACGAAAGCGUUUACAUGGAUUUGUAUCUGCUAACUAUGCACCAAGAGCUAAUCGUCCUUAAAAGAUUCGAGGGUAUGGAAAAUGAACUUUCCCAGAAAGUCGAAGAUAAAUCGAAGACGAAAGCGGCCGCCAAGAGCAAAGUGAAAAAAUUGUCGGCUAGAAUCGAAGAAAAGAAUCAUCACAUCACUAAGCUCCAAGAGAAGAUUCGCGAUAAUUUGGUGCGAUAUUUGCAUUCCAUAAGCGAGGACAAAUAUUACCAUUUCCUCAAGAGGAUUUGCAAGAAAAAGUACAAACCUCCAAAGGCAGAUGACGCCUCCUCUUCGUCGGAUUCUUCUUCUUCGGAGAGUAGUUCCGAUGACGGAGCCGACGACGACAGUGCGAGUGACGAUAGCCGCAACGUGGGGCUACUUCAUCUGGACGAAAGCGUUUGCCCGGAAGGCUGCGAUCGCGAUCUCUACGACGACGCUUUUGCCAUACGUGAGAAGCGAUACGAAAUGGAGCAACGUAUCAGGGAUGAGCAGAGGAUCAUCGAGACUCUGCAGAAGGAUCUCGAGUUGCAAAAGAAGAAAAUGAAAACGAUCGAGAUCGAGCUGAAAACCGAUCGCGAGAAGCUGGACGCUUUUCUGCGGGAAAAACAGCGUCAAUUGAACGAUAUAGACGUUACCAUAAUACUGAAAUUGCAUCAGCUGCAAUGCUUUACGGACGCGGACAAGGCCGAAAAUAUUCAGAAUUGCAUUGUCUUCGAUAAAACGAGACUGUCCCAACUGUAUGCGAGAGUCGGCGAACUGCAACAAGAGACCGCGGACCAACUCACGAAACACAAAAACGAUAAAGUACAUCUACAAAAAAUCAAGAGUGACUGCGAAUCGAUGAAAAAGGAGCUGGAAUCUUUAAAAAAGGAAAUAAAGAAAGAAAUGGAGCAGAAAUUCGGUCAGCAAGUAUCUUUGGUAACUUUGUACGAAGCCGUUUUGAGAAGGCUAAUAUACGACAUCAAGGCCAAUACUGGUUCCAUGAUCAAGUUUUAUGACGAAAAAAUCAAAAGCGUCAAGCAAGAAUAUAAGCAACAACUCCAAGUUUUGAAAAAUUUGAUUCAAGACAAUACCGAAAAAUUGAGUUUCCUAACAGUUUUGGAAGAAGAGUUGCUGAAGCUUCGUAAAACUUUGAAUGUCAAACCAGUCUCUGAAGAAGAAAUAAAUAGAUUAGAAUCGCAGUACGAAGCUGAUUUGGCUAGGCUCAAAAGCGUGCUGAGGAAUCAGAAAAAGCAAAAAGAAUGGAUCUGCAGAGAUAUCAGGAGCUUGAGUAACAAAUCGAAAAAUCUACUACCAUUGGAUCAAUCCAAAUUAGGCACAAGUACUGAUAAGCGUAGACCUACUUUAACUUUGUUCGACGGUACCGACAAAGAUGUAUUCAAGUAUCAAAUGCAAGAAAACUACUCUAAAGACGAUACGUCCACUAGUGAUGGGGCCAGAGAACUUUUGAUGGAAGACAGCGAUUAUUACAAGAAAAUUAUCGCGGUACGACAUCUGUUGACACAAAUUACUACGUCAGACGAUGUGAAUGUUCGGGAAACUAUUGAAAAAAUGUUGCGAGAAAUUUCGGAAAACUUGCAAAAUGCUGGCUACUCAGAAGAGCAGAUUCAUAAAAAUAUCAACGAUAUAAUGAAAAUAUCGCACGACGGCCAAGACUCUUACCAAGUUUCAAAUAAAGAUUACACUAUAGAAAGUCUUAGCGAUAUAAUUUAUCGAUACAGCACGGAAUUGAGAGAAUCUGUUGUAGUGCAAGAAAUAAAGCAAGAAGUUCGCGACAACUUGGAAGAUCUUUUUUCAAAUGUGGGGAUUCAAAAUGACAGAGACCACAUAGCACAAGGCGUAGUGACAAAACUCAAGGCCACCAGAAGUAUUAGUUCUGCAUUGACUUAUCUACUGCAACAGUUACCUUUGGAUACUGACAGUGGUACAAAAGCAGCUCUUCGUAAACACAUAAGACAAUCUUUGAUAGAAAUAAUGAAACAUAUUGAAAUUGAAUUAGGGACAAUAAAAACGACAGAAGAGUUUUGAAUGAUUUCUAUAUGUACGCAAACUUGAUUUCAUUAAAUAAGACCUUAUUAUUUAAUAACAAGACUGUACCUAUAUUAGUAUAUUACCGACCAAAAGUGAAAACAUUAAAUAUUUAUUAAGUUCUCAGUCAAAUGUGCUAUACUUGAAUACUUUUAAUAUAAACAAUUUAAUAAUAAUUAUGUGGACUUUUACGAGUAAAAAUCUGAAAUAACUCUGACCUCAGUCAAAAAAUUUUCAGAGUCAUUA